AUGAAGAGAUCCCAGGAUUUGCCUGGAUUCAAAGCAUUGAUUUUACAUUGCCCACCUUUUUGUCCACACUCCUGCCUACUGCCAUCCACAAGAGACAUCAUGCCUCUGCCCCAGAAAAGUCCACAACACUCACAUGACGAAAGCCUUCCGGCGGCAUGCAGUGUGACCCAGGGCCUGGAGGGUGCACAUGGCUCCGAGGCUCUGGAGGAGCCCUGUCUCUGCUCCCAUCCUCUAAUGCCUGGCACAUCAGAGGAGGCAUCUGAUACUGGUAACCCUGAGAGUCCUCAGAGUAUCUGCACAUCUUCCAUUGCCAUCGCAACCACCUCAACAAGUGAAUUGAAUGAGGGCUCCCGUAGUGAAGCGGAGGAUAGCACCUCGUCGCGUGGGCCAGGCACCAAACAUUUGCCCAAGGAAGCUCUAGACAAGGCAGUGUCCAGGCUAUUGCGUCACAUGGUGUUGAGCUAUCUAAAGAAGGAGCUCAUGACAAAGGCAGAUAUGAAGAUGAUCAACAAAGAGUAUGAAGACCACUUCACUGAGAUCUUUCUGAAAGCCUCUGAGUGCCUGGAGGUCAUCUUUGGUCUUGAUGUGAAGGAAGUGGAUCCUGUCAACCACUGCUAUGGCUUCAGCAUCAAAUUGGGCCUCACCUAUGAUGGGGUGAUGCAUGGUAAUGAGGGCAUACCCAAAACGGGCCUCCUGAUAGUUAUCCUGGCUGUGAUCUUCAUGAACGGCAACAUUGCCCCCGAGAAGGAAGUCUGGAAAGUUCUGAAUAUGAUGGGGAUAUAUUCUGGGCAGAAGCACUACCUCAUUGGGGAGCCCAGGAAGCUCAUCACCAAAGAUUUCGUGAAUGAAAAGUACCUGAAGUACCGCAGGGUGGCCAACAGUAAUCCCUCACAAUUUGAAUUCCUCUGGGGCUCAAGAGCCCAUGCUGAAACCACCAAGAUGAAAGUCCUAGAGUUCCUGAUGAAGGUUGAGGGGACUAGCCCGAUGUCUUACCCAUCUCAAUAUGCAGACGCUUUGCGAGAUGAAGAAGAGAGAGCCAAAGCCAGAUUUCUUUUGAGAGCUCUCUUUGACCUUAUGGUCAAGGGACGUUUUUGUGUUAGAUCUCGUCACUUCCCUCACCCCUAGUGAAGCCUGAGGCAGGUUCUUCACUUGGUGUUUGAAAAGGUCCGUUAGUGUUCAUGGAAUUUAGGUUUGAGGUAGGGCUGAAAGGUACAUGGUAUAUAUACCUAUGUGUUCUUUGUUAUAUGUAGAAAUUGAAAAAAUUUUCCUUGGUAAACUUAGUAAUUUUUGCAUGUGGGUAGUAUUCAAAUAUUGUUUCUUUUAUGUAGAUUUAAUUAGCAUCAGAAUCUCCAAGUUUAUAAAUGAGACUGGUAAUAUAUUUAAUGCUAUAAGUAAUUUUAAUAGUAAGUUUUGUUUGGUAAAAGGAAUUGUGAAACCGUCUAUCUCAUUUUGUCAUCUGGAAUUAGAACAUGGCAUUGCUCUAGGCAUUUCCAUAGAAAUGUGAAAGAAUUCUGCUUUAAGAUAAUUCAGUUCAAUAGAAAAGUAGAGAAGAAAAUCUAAAAGAUAUUUUAAUCUUGACUUUCCUAUCCUUUUUAUUUCCUGGUCUGUAACUUUAAAUGAUGCCCGCAUGGAUUUCCUUAGCUGUUUAAAUAAACCUUAAUAACUUAGAACUCA